AUGGACAUCAUGGCACACCAGCGGAGAUUGGCAGACGAAAAGGCGAGGAGCGAAAAGUUCUCGACCACGGCAGGAUUCGAACCUGCAAUCUUCUGCUCCGUAGGCAGACGCGUUAUCCAUUGCGCCACGCGGCCUACUGUGGAUGGACAUCAUGGCACACCAGCGGAGAUUGGCAGACGAAAAGGCGAGGAGCAAGUUCUCGACCACGGGGAUUCGACUGAUCUGCUCCGUAGGCGACGUUUUUGGUGUGGAUGGAUAUGGGCACCCAGAUUGGCAGACGAAAAGGCGAGGAGCGAAAAGUUCUCGACCACGGCAGGAUUCGAACCUGCAAUCUUCUGCUCCGUAGGCAGACGCGUUAUCCAUUGCGCCACGCGGCCUACUGUGGAUGGAUAUCGUGGCACUCCAACGGUGAUUAGCAGACGAAAAGGCGAGGAGCGAAAAGUUCUCGACCACGGCAGGAUUCGAACCUGCAAUCUUCUGCUCCGUAGGCAGACGCGUUAUCCAUUGCGCCACGCGGCCUACUGUGGAUGGAUAUCGUGGCACUCCAACGGUGAUUAG